UAAAAGGCUUUGAGUAAUUUUAUAUCAGCUGAAUUUCUGUUUCGGUAAAUAUAAUGUCAAAAUGAGACAUUCAUUUUCGAUAUGGACAAUACACCUUUGAGUAUUACACAGAUCUAUAUACAAAGAGAUUACCAAGAGGGAACGAUAUGCAAAUUUAAAAAUAAAUUUCCACCGGAGUUAGAGGGAAAGAUUGAUAAACAAUAUUUCGAAGAUACAAUUAAUACACUCAAUGAAAUGUAUAGAGAAGCAGAAAAAUUCGGACCUAGAACAUUUAUUGAAGGGUGUUUGGGUUGUAUGACUGCAUAUUUAUCUUAUAUUUUUAUUGACACUACCUGUGAAAAGUAUUUAAAGAAAAUACGAAAAUAUAUACAUGAGCAGAAUGAAAGUAUAUACAUUCCAAAAGGCUUAUAUUUAACAGACCCUUUAGAGAAAGGAUUGCGUGUGUUAGAAAUAUCAAUAUAUGAACCAACAUCACAACAUUUAUCAGCUUGAUCUAUUUGCUUAUAUAUGAUUUAUUUUGAUAUAUAUUUUAUAUGCCAUUGUAAUUAGUUAAUAAAUAAUUUGCCUUUAAAAA